AGUAUAAGGAACUCCGGCAGCUCACUUACGACCUUGCAGCAGACUGAAUAUCUCGCGUAACAUUAACGGCUAAACUGAAGACAUACACUGAAAUCAAAAAUGGUGUGCGAAAUGACGAUAUGGGGGCGGAUUAAUUUUUGUGGGCUGUGUGCUUGUAUAUACUUAACUAGUGGCUUGUUUUUCAUUUCAGAUUUAGAGGAUGAUAUGGAACUACCAUGCAACAGUAAUUUACUGUAUUUUUGUAAAUAAAAAAAUCAGUGCAGUCUUAGGUGGCUCAUAAUACGGUUCGUCGUUGGUGUUAUGAUUUUCAGUUCAACUAAUGUACAGUAUCUGUGAAUUAUGUAAAGAGUACAGUGUUUGUCCUUCUUUUACAUUAUUCAGGUUAAGGCACCUUCUCACUGUCAACUGAAGUCUGAGGGAUUAAUUUGAUUUGAUCUUCUUAAAUCUACAUCUUUCGGAAGGAUCACUGUUGUGAUAAGGACAUAAGGACACCUUAGUGACAACGCCACUGCUUAUCAUUUACAAAAGUGCAAGUUUUCAUCAGAAUGGAGAUGCUUCGAAGAUCUUCAGUUUUUGCAGCAGAGGUGAUGGAGGCAUUUGAUCGCUCACCGACUGACAAGGAACUUGUUUCCCAAGCAAAGGCAUUGUGCCGAGACUAUAUAAACUCCAGGCUUAACAAAGCAGGACUUGGCUGGUCCAAGUCAGAGCAUGGGCUAUCUGGAGGGUCGCUCAGGGAGGUCUCCUCAGUUCUUUUGUGGCUAGGUGAUGAGCUGGAAUAUCUUCGACCAAAUGUCUACCGCAAUGUAGCUCGUCAGCUCAACAUUAAUGCAACCUUGGAGAAUGUUGUUUCGGAUGCAUUUCUUGCUGUAGCAGGAGAGAUGUUUGCAACAGGCAUCACAUGGGGAAAAGUGGUCUCUCUCUAUGCUGUGGCAGGUGGACUUGCUGUGGACUGUGUACGACAAGGUCAGCCAGCUAUUGUGCACACUAUUGUGGACUGCCUGGGGGAGUUUGUCAGAAAGACACUUAGCCCAUGGCUGAAGAAGCGUGGAGGCUGGAUAUCAAGCAAUGCGUAGUCAACAACGACCCCAGUUUCCAGUCCCACUGGUUAGUGUCCACAGUAUAUACCUGUGGGCACUUUGUGAAGGCACUGGUGCUUUACCUCCUCAGAGAACGCUGAAUCCCAGCUCUAAAGAAGCAAUGCUUUCUUGUGUGGAAGAAAAAUUCAUCAGCCAGAGGCUUUUGGAACAAAGGCAAACUGAGAAGCUCUGAUCUGUCACCGGGAUCAUAAAAGGAAAACAUUAAUAGCCGAAGACAUUCAGACUGUUCAAAAAGCUCUGGAAACCUUCAAAUGUUGUUUGGGAUUAUUCUAACUUUUAAAAGCAAUUAUUGAUUGCACUGAGACAUUUGACCUAAAAAUGCCACUACUUUAAGCUUUGCACAUCUACCGUAUAAUUCACAUGGUUUUGUUUAGCUCAGAAAAAUGAGUUUACAUAUUACCAAAGAAACCACAUAUUUAUGUUUGUUUUACUUCUUUUAUACAUAUGCUGUCAAUUUUUGCUUACUAGAUACAUUUGGUAGCAUUUAAUUAAAACAGUUAUAGAGAAAUAAUUUAAUUCAAAAUUUUUUAUACUUCAAUUGCUAAUUUGUUAUAUUUGAUGCUCACUAUGAAAUAGAUAUUACCUGGUACAAAUUCUACCUCUCUCAUAUUAAUGUAAUUUUGUGGCAAGCAUUUAGAAAUGCAUUAUUACAGUAACGAACAAAUUACUGUAUAUAACCCUGGAAUUAUAAUGAGAAAAACAAGUUCAGAAAAAGAAAUGUAAAAAUGUCCUUUGUAUGCUGGAACAUUUCUGACACUCUGUGGCAAAACCUGGGAACUACAUAAAGUCAAACUAGUGCCAAACGUCAAGGUGCUGAACCAACUGUCCUUCUAACAGUACACUUACUGUAUGAUGACACAGUGGUUACUGGUGCACUCUCACAGCUCUGGGGUGUUGCAUGAGAAUCAUGGCUCCAUAUCUGUAUGGUUAUUUCCUUCCAGUUACCUCAAGCUAAACUGAGCCAGCACGAGUCAGUGUUGGUUUUUGGCAAGUGUGCCCUGUCAUACUGUAAACUGGUUAACAAUGUUUUGCCAGAUGUUGCUGGGAUAGGCAGUGACACCUCACAACUCUGUGACUGAGUUAUAAAAUUGAUGGAUGUUGCUGUUAUUGUAAACAGAAAUGAAAAGCUCUGGUGUACAGUAUUUUAUAGAAUGUUUAUUUCUACAUAACAAUUCAGGCGAAAAAUAAUGUUUAUGAUAAUUACAGUGUGCUGAUAUACCUAAUUACACAGAGCAAAAUCCAUUAAUGUCCAUCACUGAUAAACAACUGGCCUAUGAACAGUCUUGCUGUUAUUGUAGCUUCUUGUAGUAGAUGUGCAAAUGCUGACUGAGAGGCUGGUUGUCUGUCGCCAUGAACAGCUCCUGCUCCAAUCGACCAUCUUCCAUAAGUUUGAAAGUUCUUGUUACCUGAAUAAAAAAACAA